AUGAGUAAAGGAAGUGGUGCUAUUUUGAAAGCCAGUGGUCAUAUUAAUCAACAACAACAGACCACAGGUAAUCCCCGCGUUUCAUACUCAACAUCUUCUACUUUUACCACCACCACCACGACAACAGCUCUUUACAUUGCUGCAUUUGCAAAAGUAGACAUGAUUCUAGCCUCAUCCACACCUCCAACAUCUUCAUCAUCUACCGUGCUGGCAUGGUUGCAAAAGGAGCUUGCCCUGUAUGUAGAUCUUCAUCUCAUGUCAAUACCUGUGGACCUGACUGAAGCUAUGGACUGGCUUGCAAAACCUUUAGUGUGCCUGGCUCAUCGCUAUUUUCCUGAUCAAUUCCUCAACCUGUCUCAGCAACUCCAGAACCAUGCAACAACGCACAAAAAAGCACUGAAGGUGUUUGAGGAUCGUCUCCAUGUGGUUUAUAAUGAUGAUGAGGAUAUAUCCAGCUAUUUAACAUCCAUUCAAAAGGGACUUGUCCUGACAGAUGAUGCGACGCUCAGAGGCUUACACAUUCGAGAUAACCAAUCCACCACCACAAGCGAUUUUGAUUUGACCCUUGGUAUAUCCUUGACUCAAUUGUGGCAGCAAUGGACCGAACUUGCCAAGCAGGAAUCACUAAGCUCGACAACCACUACCACCACUACCACAGCCUCUACGCGAUCAUCGCCUUCACCUCCUCGCAUAGAGCCGAUGCAAAGCCGAGAGUGUUGGGAAGACAUUGAAGCGAGCCUACAGCAAAUGCAGCCACAGUAUCAGUCGUUUCAGCAGGCUAUUAUCAACAAUACAGACAUACCUCCCGAUCUUGCUGUACGCAUCUCUGCUAUCGAUGCAACGCAUGCAGCUCUCUCCGCUCAAAUGCAAAGGCCAACCAUUGAAUUUGCUACUACAGUCGCCUAUAUCCGCAAUGAACUGGAGUUUAUCCAAGCCAAAAUGCUGAAAACAACCACCACAGAUGCAGGUAUCCAUGAUUUGGAAGUGAGAUCAACCAAAGUGGGCACCCUCAUUGAUCAUUUGGUGCGCUAUGAUAUGGAUGAUGGCCAGCACCAGCACUACCAGGCUCUGUUACACAAGUACCAGCUUAUCGUGUCUUGGGUCGACGAUGUGCGCGUGUGGUUUGUGGAGGCCGAGCGUAUUCGUGGGUGGAUUGAGCAGCGUAUACAGUUGCUGGAGGCAAAGCAGUCGCUGAAUGCGCUUGAGGAGGUGGAGUACGACUACACGCCAGAACAAAUCGACCAGUGGAACAAGGAGCAUGAUCUGCUGCAGAAGGAAGUGGAGGCAUUUGAUGCUCAGGACAUGACGAGACUGAGGGCGCAUGUCAAGCAACUUACCUCGACACAUAAGGAUCUCAGUCCUGCCGACACCACCACCAUUGAAAUCACCUUUACCACACUGACCACACUGGAUCGACUGAUGCAUCUGCUACGACGCCAUGCCUAUGAACUGCAAAUGCUGACGCUGCGUAUGGCCUGGGAGCAAUCGUACCAUGUGACGGUAGCGUGGGUGCGAUCUGUAGCCGAGCAAGUCAAGCAAUUUGUACAUGAUAAGGCGAGAUGGAGGGCUAAUGACGACCACGUACAGCAGCAGCGGCAGCAGCAAGACAAGAACAGCAUUAUCAGCACCUUGAUUCAGUUUGAACAACAGUCAGCUCACUUUGAUCAAGGCCAAUUCACCAGCACGGUCAAUCUCUAUCAGGACAUGGACGAUGCGUGUCAUAUUGAACUGCCCUCUCAUUUGGAAUCGAGACAGGUGGCUAUUGAGGAAGGGUUUGAGGAGUUGACACAUCGCAUUUCGUUUGCAAGGCAAGUGGUGGAGCAAUAUCUCGUGGUCACUGAUUUCCUGGCUAAAGCGGAUCAGCUCAAGAACGAAGGCGAGACUUUGAGACAAGAGAUUGUGUCUGCCGAUGUGUCUGCUGUAUCCACGACAGAACUGAGUGAGAAGGUAAUGCUUUUUCAGGAGAACACUGUGCGACUGGUGACGGGUGUGGCUGCCCGUGUUCCUUAUCCCGAGGCCACACAUCCAUCAGACCAGCAAGGCAAUGAUGAUGCUAAUGAGAUGAUUCGCAUGGUUAUUGGAUCACGGAAAUCUGCACUGGUCUUGUUUGGCGAGGCUUUGGACCAAAGCCUGAGUGCGUUGAGAAGAGCAUUGCAGUUGCAAAAGAGGGCCAAGCAGUUGCAAGAUGAAAUGGCACGAUUGGGUGGUUGGGUGGAUGAACGUCUCAAGGCGAUGAGCAGGUCGAAGGUGGAUGUGUUUGUUGCUGGUAAAUGUGCACUGGAUGAUACGGAUUUGGCUCGCUUAAUCAAGGAGCGUGAUGGUCAAGUGGCCAAGCUGAAGGGUAUCAAGGAGAACGAGUACAAGAAGUUGCAAGAGAACAUAGCGGCUGUGCAGCAAUCAUCUGUCUCUCAGCAUAAUGUCAUUUCGACUCAGGUCUCUGCAUUGCAGGAUGGCAUGGGCACUCUGGGUGACCAAUUGGAUGUGUUGGAGGAAGCACUCAAGCUGCAUAGCUCUAGAUUAGCCAUCCUGAGUCGCCGUAUCUCUUGGGAAACACAGCACGCCAUGGCUUCUGUGUGGAUAUCCAACCAUAUCUUUGCUGUAUGGGAUUUCGUUUCUCGUAAAGCACAAUGGAGAGUGUCCACCAUGAUGGAUCUGGGAGAAGAGGAAAAGGAGACACAUCAAAUUGGCGGUCAUUGGCGAUCUCAAGUACAACUGGAAUGCGAUGAUUUGGUCAGCAAGAUACAGGCGUUUUAUACUGAGCAGCUAAAACCUGUAAAAGAUGUAUACAACGAGUUACUGAGUGAUUUUGGUAAGCAGGUUUAUAAUGACAAGAGUAUAAAUUUGUUACUGAUGUAUGUUGCACGGGUAGAAUCAUCGCAAUCAGCAGAAGCAACGACAGCUAUAGAGUAUGUGCAGCGUCGUCAGGAUACGUUGAACCAAAGCUACCAAAACAUCAAUGACCUGAUCCACUACGCCCAGCAAGUGCUAGAACAACAUGAGGUAUUGACUGACUUUACGCGUCAAGUGGGUGAGUUGCAGACCAAAGGACAGCAAAUAAAGAUCGAUAUUCAACAAGCCAUGGGUACCGUGAUGCACAUGGGCAACAAUCACCACUUCAAAGAAGCUGUGCAGGCGUAUAGUCAAGCAGUGAUGCACCUGUGGGUGCAAACUGGCUCUCAGCUCCCCUAUCCAGUGUGCCCUGAAGAUGCUCGUACAACGCGCCCCUCUACCAACGAUGAUGAGAUAUCAACAGAAGUAGCUACUGCUGUCUACAAGGCGUACACUGACUUGCAAGCACUAUCCAAUACACUAUCUGACAUGGUGCAGCGCUUGGAUGUUGGCUUGAUGUAUCGCGUGCAACUAGACCAAUGGUGUCUACAAGUGCAACACACCACGACCAAUAUCACCGACAUGACGACCACCAUCACCUCGUACAGCUUUGAUCUGACAACUGGCACCAUGACACAGCAUAGUAACGUAGUGGAUCAAGGCAAGCAGCUUGAGCAUGAAUUGCAAAUACAAUGCCACCAUUGCUAUAAAGACGUGAAUCACAUCAAACAACAGCUUAGUGAAAUACAGGACGCCAUGGCAACGGAUGACUGCGAUAUGCUGGAUCUUUCCAUCACAGAGAAACCACUUGCUUUGUUGGAAGAGUCUUGCCACGCGCUGAAUCAGUCCAUGCUUGAUUUCACGCGACAUUUACAAGUAUGCGAGGACCGUGCUCAAUGGCAUGGGAUGUGGCUGCAUCAAUCUCAAACAUUACAUGGUUUGCAAGAAGCUAUGCUGGAAUGGAUGAAUCAGAAGGCUUGGUGGAUCUCUACGUUUGAUGGUGAAGGAGGAAGCAACGACACAUUGCUGACAUUGACCAAACAACUGCGCGUGUGUCAUCUUGUGCUGCAAGAUUGCAUAGCAGACCAGGAUGGUCUUAAGAGCAGCUACAAUGCACUCGCAGACUCAUUCAAAGCGGCUACUGGCACUGCUCUGGAAGACACACAGCAAAACAACGUCCUCCAUCUGUCUACCAAGCUACAAGAGACGAUGACGAUGCAAUUGGAUGAUAUUCAGCAAAUACAGGAACGUCAUGAUUGGGCUUCCCAUGUGGAUGAAGAAUUAAAAGCAUGUGCCAACCAGGAACUGGCAACUGAAACCUUCAUUCAACUGUAUGCGCGUUGGUCUCCUUCUACUAGUGCAAACCACGAGAAUCUGGCAGACAAGGUGGACAAGCUGCAUCAAGCGACAGCGGGUCAUAUUUUAGCGAUGGAUACACUGCUCAAUCAAGUUAUUCAGCAACAGACUGAGCCCAUCUUUCGUCGCAAGGCCCAUCUGCAAAGUACAAAGCACAGCCUUGAACAGCAGGAUUUGUUUUUGGACAAGGUGAUGGAACAGCAAAAGGCAUUGUGUGCCAUUCUCCAUGAAAUCAACCAGGUGGAAUCACUGGCAGAAUCCAAGAAAUCAGUGUUGCUGUCCUUGGCUCAGCCAUCAUCUCAUGACGUGCAAGAGUACAAGCAGCGCGUGGAUCAAGUUCAUGCGCUGAUUGACAAGACCAUGGUUUAUCCUGUGCGCCAUUAUCGAGACCACAACCCUCGUGCGCGCGAAGCAGAUGCAAGCCAUAAUGCUGGACUGCAAGAUAUGCUCAAGGCGCGUCAAUCUCGACUGAUAGAACUGGGGUCUACGCUGGAGUCUAUUAUCAAAUCCAAGGAGAGACUGUCCCGUCGCAAGGCUGCUGAGGCGUCUUAUUUUGCAGAGGCUCAUGUGGUGGAUGAAUGGAUUGAUGCCAAGCACAGAGCAUUGAGUGAAGAGAAGGAGAGCUUGAAAUUGGCUGUGGCUCACAUCAAUGGAUUGCAGUCUGCCAUCAACAAUUACACGACAUCCGUCCAUGGCCUGCAAGUGGCUGCCAACAAGUGCAUUGCCGUUAUUCAGCAACAACAAGGAGACGAUGAUGUGGAUGAUACAGCUCAGAGUGUGCAGCGUAUUCAUGACAAGCAGGCCUACAUUGAUAUCAAGUGGCGUCAGUUGGAGGAUACCAUUGCCAAAGUGCAGCAUCAGCGUCAACAAGAGUUGCAGCACCAGGAGUUCAUGAGUCUGUUGCAUGCAUUCAAUACACAGUGCGACAAGCUGCAAGAGGCUUUGCAGCAAGACAUGGACCAGAUCACAGAGUCCGUGUGCACGCAAUGGCAGGAUGAACUACAAGCAUUGAAUACAAAGCUAUCCGAGCUUAAAUUGCAAGCACAGAGGCCUGACGACGUGACAGAUGCAGCUGCUCAUUAUGAUGGUUUGAAGGAGCAAGUGCAACAAAGAUCCACAGAAGCCAAUCAUUACCGUCUGAAGCAAGAGUAUGCUGAAGGUGCUGCUGCUUUGGAAUCGCUGAUGAUUAGCGCACAAGAAGCUUUCAGUGUGCUACAACAAAAGCCGACGACCAUGCAGGGUGACGCUGAACAGGACAAGGCGCUUGUUGAAGAGAUCAAUGCGGAUUACGCCAGUUGUUGUCAGAUAUUGGAUCAAGAAAAGUACGAUGAACAGCGCUCCUUCUACCGCUUCUUGCAGCUGAACAAGGUGCAUGAUUUACACGCCAUUGAUGACCGUAAAUCACACCUGGAACAGCAGUGGAAGCACAUUCAGCAAGCGCUGGCUAGUUAUCAGCAACAGAACAUCAAGUCUUUGAUUCAAUGGCAAGAAUUGCACAGCAAAUUAAAUGACAUCAAGGACGAGGCUUUGGCAGGUGUGCUGGAUCGUUUGGAUCAUUUUCAAUUGUCGGAUGCGGUAUCGGUGCCUACUUGGCUGGAUCAAGAUGCUUCCUUGCUGGCCCUGUUGAGGCAUCGUGCUAAUGCUUGUCUGGAUAUCGCUGCUUCUCUAACUCAAGCAGACGACGAUAAGAAUAUGGCUCAAUUCAGGAAGAGAUACGACGAUUUAAUGCAACAGAUGGAUGCAGCUACCUUGUUGCUCUCAGAAAAGAGAAACCUGGCUCAGCAGCAUGUGGAUGUGAUUGAAUGCGAGCAGUUGGUGGCAUCCUUUUGCCAUCAACUUGCUGAAGAAGUGGAGGCCAUUCAAACUGAACGUGUGUCUGACACGACUAUGCCCGAUGCAACUAGUUUGGAAUCCCUGUACAAACAAGUUUCUACGUUUUACAUGACUCGAGAAACCACGCAACAAGCUUUCAAGCAUCAACUGAUGAGUAUUGAGUCUCGCAUUGACACUGUCUCCAAGAAAUACAAUGUGGACACCAGCCAGUUGCUUGAGGAGCUAAACACGGCCAUGUCUGAUCUAAACACGCAGUUAGCAGAUACAGCUCAAGUCAAUGAUGUGGUUCGUCGUGUACUGGGUCACAGCAAGAGCGCAGACAACAUCAAACUGUGGUUAGAGAACUGUCAAGCUGCUAUUGCUGAAUUGGAGGAGCAUCAGCACGAGUCGACUGCUUUGGAUUUAGCUGGCUUGACACAGAAGAUGAGCGAUUUUGAGAAGGUUAUGCAGUCCUUUUUGGACUUGUCUCAAGCAGUGGAGUCUGUUCCGUGCCACCAAGCUAUUGUGCACCACAUGGUAGAUGCCAUUGUUAAGCCAACCACUGCUGACAUCCAGGACCAGUGGCAAAAGACGCAGGCUGACUUGAAGGCAGUCGAAACCGAGAUUGAAAAGACUACGCGCGGUGUGGGUGUGGCUCGCAAGAUGAAGCACUUGAUGGCUUUGGUGGGUGAGACAAGGGAUUAUCUGGAUAGAACGCGACUGCAUGAUUAUGAUGCUCAAACGGAAGAAGGCUUAUCGGAUGAGGAGGACGAUGACAAGACGCAAGUAGCAACAGAUGAUGAAAAGAAGGAAGGAAAUGAGGACACAGACCCUACUACUACAUCAGUCGGCAAGAAAACUGCUGCACCAUUAUCGACAACGUUGCCUCGUCAAGGUGAAAUACAAGACAUCGAGAAACACUUGAAAGCCACCGAGUCAGAGAUGCUACCUCAAAUCGAGCAAGAGCUAGAAGAGCUGGAUCGCCUUAUGAAGGAGUUUAAUGCUGAUGUAACAUUUACAAGACAACAUGCCGAGCUCAAGGCAUCUGUCCAUAGCUUACAAGAGAUGUUUGCUACCAAAUACAGCACGCUGAACAAGUGUAUGGCUAUUGGCGUAUUUUUGAGCACAGCAGAUGAUAUCGAAAUCUUGCAAAGCUCGCUGGAAGAAGCUGUCAGUCAAUCAGCACCACACCAUUCCUUGAUAGGCACAUUGAGUCGCACUGAUUUACAGGCAAAACUGAUCGAGUUGGAUGCUCGGUUCAAAUACUAUGAACGCAAGAUUGUACCCAGUCUGACAUUAGCCCAGGAACAAGCCAAGGCAGUAGCUGAACUGACAGCCAAGGGAGGUGAAGCCGUGCAAGCACAGCUGCAAGACAUGGAUCGCAAAUGGGUCAGCAUUAAGAAACAGUUCAAGACGCGCAAGAUUGAGCUCAGUCGUACUAUUGACACCUCGCAGGAUAGUAAAGAUCAGCAUGCAAGAAUCAGAAAAUCAUCUUUGCCCACCAGAAAGGCAUCUUCUUUACUGCGCGAUCGCGCAGAUGUAGCAAGGCAGCGAUUGUCGCCCACAGCCAGCAGCACGUCGUCAUCCUCUUCAUCGUCUCGCACCACAAGCACCACCCGAUUGCCAUCCAGAUACUUGACUCCACCACCACCACAUCAACCUUCCAAAUCAGCGACACAUUUGAAAUCAAAAAGUACCCAUAAAGUUACAAAACCGCCUCUCAACAGCUACGUGGCAGAUCCAGACAACGACUUGGAUAUGGAGAUUGGCCGUAUUGUCAAUGAAACACCUUACCGAGUCAAGGUCAAGAUGGUACCUGGCGAAGUGGGUAGAUAUUGGUUUGGUAACUUGAAUCCCAAAUUGGCGUAUUGUCGCGUCCUCAAGAGUAAGAUGGUCAUGGUGCGGGUGGGUGGUGGAUGGACAGAAUUGUCACAGUUUUUGAGAGACCAUGCCUUGCUAGAAGGUGAUUUUAUACCAAGACAUCAGAAAAAGAAGACUACAGAUGCCGUGAUUCCAGAAGAAGAUGAACCAAAAUCACCAACAAUCCAAGAAGGAUUUAUUGAAACACAUCGACAACACCCUCCUCCUUCUAUGCAUCGUUCUGGUGUUGUUACUGGAUCCCCCAGCCAUUCAGCAUCCACGACUACUAGCGGAUACAAGGAUGGCGAUAAGUUCAUUGCAGUGGAUUCGCAUGGCAAUCAGUUGCAAGUGCAGAUGAGAAAAGCGCCUAACAAUUUCAUUCAUACCAGUAGCAGUAGUAGCACAACCAAUACCAGUGGCAGCAGCUUGAGUAAUCACAGUAGCCACCACUUGAAUGAUUAUACCAAGAGGCGUAUUGCUAGAAGAAAGGAAAAGAAGCCUGUUGCUAGCACAGCCACUGUCCCAUCAUUAUCUCAAUCAUCCUCGUCUAAAUAA